UGUAGAUUCCCCUGAGAGAGACGGCCCUAGAGAUGAUCCUUUGAUCUAUUUAUGUAUGAUUUGACCUUUAUUUGACCUUGUAGAUUCCCCUGAGAGAGACUGCCCUAGAGAUGAUCCUUCCAUCUAUUUAUGUAUAAUUUGACCUUUAUUUGACCUUGUAGAUUCCCCUGAGAGAGACGGCCCUAGAGAUGAUCCUUCGAUCUAUUCAGCGUCAUCAGAAGAGCAUCCUUAUUGUGCCCCCCGGCUGUAGGACGCUGGUCAAUCUCACCUGUAGCCUUCAGGAAAAUCUUGACAACUUCCUCUCCUCAGACACGGAAUUUUCACCGGAGGUCGGGGAAGCUGUAGAGAGAUAUGACGCGUUACUGAGACACAUCUUCCAGCACGCUGUCCCGGUGAUCCAGUCCGUAUUACAAGAAUACCCAAACAUCUUAGACGUGAAGACCGAGGGCCGACGAUUCCUGUACAACUACUCUAAAAUGACACAGUUCACGCAAAAGAAAAAGUUACAAGCUCUAUCUACGUCAACACAAGACAAGGAAAGUCAGGAGCUCACAGAGACAUUAACUACCCCCAAAAUGUUUGUAUCUAACCACCAGGAAGAGGAGCCCUCGGGAAUUCUCAAAAAGACGGAAGAGAAAGGUUACAUGGCUGCCCUGGAUCGCAAAGUCCACUUCGCCGACAAAGAACCACUGGACUCCAUGACCAGCUCAGAGGACGAAUCUGACCUUGACCUUCAGACUACAGAGGUCAAGGCCAGGUUAGAGGUACAGGAGACUGUUAUUCUGAGUGAGGAGGCUGCUGAAGCUCUGAGAUUAAAAUCUGUGGCAAGUCAGGAGGGUGUCCAAAUGAGACGGAAGGAAUCGGAAAAGGAUGAGACACGAGAGAGACGGUACACGUCGGAAAUGAAAAUUAACGUGAGUGGGAAGGGCCAGAUCCAGGAGGUGGUCGCCAAGUGUGGUCAAACAGACAUCACCAUAGCAACUUACCCCACCCCUAGCAACCCAGUGUCCAUAUUUUGUCCUACAGUAAAUUGUAGAGGUCAUGUAGGCAACUCAGAGCCCAUUUGUCAACCUGACCCGAUGUUUGAUGUGAAUGAUAUUCCAGCAGAGGAAAAUGGAUCUGAACGAAUUUUAUCUAAAGACAAUGAAGACACAAAUACAAAUAAUGAUGGGAGUUCCACUCUUAAUGAAUGUCAGACAAAUAAGCUAAGAGAAUAUGACAGGAAAGAGGAUAGUGCUGUGUUACGUCCAUUUCGGCAACAAACAUUAGACACAGGAAUUGCUCAUUCUACAAACUCUCUGGACAAAAGUAACACUCAAUCUUCAAACUCACAGGAAAUGAGUAAUUCAAACUCGCAGGACAAGAGUAACGCUCAGUCUUCAAACUCACAAGACACAAGUAACACUCAUUCUCUGAUCUCACAGGAUUCUACAGAGGAGGAAGAUUAUGUACCAAUGGAUUGGCCUCGCACUGACGGCCUCGGGACACAAGAGAAUGGAGAGACUUGUGAAGAAGUCUGCUUGAGAGAGAAGUCAGGUCAGAAGUCGGGAGUGUUACGAUACUCGUUGUCAGAUGUGUCCUUAUGUACCAAAGUCAUCAGGCUACAGGUGACUCACCACAUCAGCUCUUUGGUGUUUGGAGGUAAAGAUGCUCAGGCUCUCUCUGUCAUUGACAAACCCCUGCACAGUCUUUUAGAGGUCAGUGGGGCACCACAAGGGUUACAGGCAUAUGUCAAAUCUCAGUACAGUGACAGUAAAACCUUGAUUGACCUUGAUACAGCUUUCCUCAUCAGCAUUAUAGAUGCCAUUAGAUACAGGUCUCUUUUUCAUGACCUUGUUCAUAAGAGUGUCCUUGAGGUCAUGAACUGUAUGUUUGGUAAAUACAGCCUUGACGUCCUGAAGGUGGCAUUGACCUGUUUGACCUCUGUGUUCCAGAACCAGCAUAUCCUGCCCCAGUUAUCAGAGUCCACAUUUCUGAAGGAGGCGAAGGAGAUUAUAUCAAAAUUAUGAGGUGUUUUACAGACAGACAUACCAGCAAUACAGGAACUUCACAGGGUUGUGAGUGACAUCACCCCCAUAGAAUGAAAUAUCCCUCAACACCCUGACCGUCUGUAGAAUAACACACCCAUCUCUUCAGAUGUUACAUGACCCUCCAUCCACCCAUACAGAAAGGUGGUGGUGGUGGUGGGGGGGGGGUAAAUGACAUCACCCCCAUUGAAUGAAGAAGAUCGUCCCAGCGAGGUGUCUGACACUAAUCUGUUAUCUUUUUUUUGGUGACUUCUACAAAACAGAAUCUUUUGUAAUUUAAAUCACUUCAGGUCAUGUAUGAAAAGAAUAACAAUUAAUUUAUAUGAAAUAGUUUGUUAAGUUUAAUAGAAAUGUUAUGUUGAAUAAUUACGUUUUACUAAAUACAUGGGGUGCCAUAAAUUAUUUAUAUGCUAGGCAAUAGUAUUGUGUACUUAUGAAUUUAAUUAAGGGAAUAACUCACUUUAGUAAAAAAAAAACCUGCUACUUAUGUACAAAAAAAUGAACUGGUUUUGUCAAAUCUGGAUCCUAACUAUUUAUAAUCACUCCAUUUGUAGCAUGCUUAUUUAAGGUGAACAGUUAUGAGGAACUCGGUGCUAUAUAGAUUCUACCACUGGCUGCACGUCAGCUUUUGUUAACUUUGGAAUCACUGUGUUAGAGAUGGUUAUACAUAAAUGAAUGUAAUAUGAUUGUAUUGUCUCUAGAUAAUAACCGUUCCUUGUCUGUUGGUAUUUACGCAAUUGUUAAUUUGAUAUUGAAAGUUUUUUUACCAAAUAAUUUGAAUUUGGUCAAACCAAAUUUUAAUCUGGUUUUUUUUUUCCAUCAUAUAUGGAUAUACUUGCAAUUAAUUUCUAUAAAAAUAUGCUGUGUAUAUUUAAAACAAGUUUUUUGAAAAAAAAAUGGAUAUACAUUACUAUACAACAUGCUGUAUUAAUAUUGAUCUUCAGUAUGCUUUGAUAUGUCAGAUUUGUUAUGAAAUCCAUAAGGGAUAAUUCAAACUUGCUCAUUGACAAACCAUGUAAUUUACAAUAAAUCCUAACCCCCCAACCUUACCUCAACCACAAAUGAACUUAUAGCAUGAUCUUACCUAGUAAUUGAAUAUAUAACAAUCCACCCCCAAAGAACUUAGAUCCAUAUCUACCCCCAAAGAAUUUGCAUCCAUAUCUACCAUCAAAGAACAUAGAUCCAUAUCCACCCACAAAGAACUUAGAUCCAUAUCCAUCCACAAAGAACUUAGAUCCAUAUCCAUCAACAAAGAACUUAGAUACAUAUCCACCAACAAAGAACUUAGAUCCAUAUCCAUCAACAAAGAACUUAGAUACAUAUCCACCAACAAAGAACUUAGAUACAUAUCCAUCCACAACGAACUUAGAUCCAUAUCCAUCCACAAAGAACUUAGAUCCAUAUCCACCCACAAAGAACUUAGAUCCAUAUCCAUCCACAAAGAACUUA